AGUUAAACAGUUGGAAAAUUCAUUCAGUUGUACAGAAAGGAAGAAGAAAAAACUUCAAUGAAUAAUACAUUUGAAUGCGCUCGAGUAAUAAAAGAAAAAUUCAGCAGAAUUUUCAUGUACUGUAUCGCAGUAUUAUACUCAUUGAUCAAAAUUUUAUUACCAACUUCGUCUUCUCGGGAUUUUUAUAACUAAUUAUCUUUUAAAUAAAAACGAAACGGGGGGAAUCUUUGAUUGCCUCGAGAAGAACGAUAUUUUAGUGGUUGAUUGUGAUUUUUUCGACGUCCUGAAGUUAAUCAGGGAUUACGGUUAUAAUGUGAUCACUGAAGAAGAUAAUAAUAACCGUUAUACAACCAAAAUAAGAUGGAUUGUGGAGACUAUAAACGGUAGGAGAAAACAAAUCCGUUUUUUUGAUAAAGUUGUUCCUAAUAGUUAGUUAAUAUAUGUUCAUGAAUAUUUAUGUAUAGUUUGUGCAGUUUUGAACGCUUUUAGAAAGCUAUUUGUUCUCGGCAGUCAAUCGAUGACGUGUCGAGUUACAUAUUUUGUCGGUAAUUACCCGGCUGCUAGUGGAUACAUAUUAGUCACAUCGUUAAUUCCAUCAGGUGACCGUUGCGAACACAAAAAACAUUCAAAUAAAAUAAAAAUGUUUGAGAAAGAAUGAAAAGGAAAAAAACAAUCUAAAACAAUACAUAUAUAUAUAUAUAUAUAUAUAUGUAAUAUUAUAACACUGAAUAGAAACAAACAAAAAAAACAAACAAAAUCUGACAUGGAAUUUAACUGUCGGAUUUGUAUGUUUAUCACUGUAAUAGCGAUGUUAUAUACUGCUGGAGUUCUUUUUCUUAUGUCCAGUGCUGCAUAUUACAUGGAAAAUAAUAAUUUGUCACAAUCGAAUCCACUGAUUAAAACCGAAUGUUAUGUUCAAAAUUUAACAAUUCGAUAUCAAGAUAAACAUGAUACGUUGUAUGAUAUUAAAUGGAUAGUUAACUAUCGAACGAAUGAUAAUUAUUUAGCGGAGAUAUAUUCAAAAUCCUACACAUCGAAAGCCCAAGUUAUACAAAAAGCAGAUCAAUAUCAAGUUGAUGGAACAUAUCCAUGUUACUAUUACAGUUUAAACAAAAAGUUUGUUGAAUGGGAAUCAUUCUCGAAGAAUAUCUUCAUCGAUCUGACAUUAGUUAGCGGUUAUCUGACAUUUCUUCUAUUUUUUGUUUGUUUUAUGGGAUUUUGGAUGUAUAUUGCAAAAUUGAGAAAAACUGUCAGUGGCAGUAGUACCUGA